AUGGCCAGCAAGGGCUUGCAGGACCUGAAGCAGCAAGUGGAAGAGGCUGCCAGGGAUGCGGUGGCUGCGGCUGGAGCAGCAGUGCAACAAGGGGUGGAUCAGGCAGCAGAGGCGGGGCAGGAAGCCAUGGCCCAGGCCGCCAAAUCCACCCAGGAAACCAUCGACAAGACUGCUAACCAAGUCUCUGAGACUGUCUCAGGUUUGGGGAAAAUAUUUGACCUCAUGAAGCGACAAAAGAGAGCCAGGGGUCUCCCCUCCAGGCCCUGCUGCCCCCUUGGCCUGAUGCCUCAUUAA